UGUCUUCACAUCCUGAGUUGCAUCAAAGCAUCGCUCGGAACAAACGCUUUUGAAGGCGGAUUUAUUUUCAAAUGAUGGAUCGCAUGCCUCACGCUGACGUUCAGAUUUCAUCCAUCGUGGUGGUCAACAUCAUGUGGUGGAUGGUGAUGCUCGCUGGCAUCGGUUUGGGCGCCACUCAUCUGAACCAUUGCCCGGUGCAGUCCAGAAUCCCCAUCUACCUGGUGGUUCUGGGCUCGUCCAGCCUGCUGGCUUUAUCUGUGACUUACUGCCGCUACAUCUGGGAGAGCGGCCUGAUGAGCACGAUCACUUCCAUCGGCGUGGCUCUGUUACACCUCUUCACCUUCUGCUGGUUUGUCGCAGGGUCAACUUGGGUCUACGGCGCGUACCCGGCCAGCUUCACGCCCGGAGAAGCUCGCUACUGCCAUAAGAGCACCUACAACUUUGCUUUCAUCAUCACCACGCUGGUGUGGGCCAGCGCCACGCUGUCGCUGUGCUGCUGUGCUUGCUUCGUGUCGAUGACCUGCUGCAAGACAGUCACGGCCCGACACCGGUUGACGCCCACCCGCACCACAUCGUACGGAACGACUCAUCUGCUCGACGAAGACGACGCAACAGGUGGUGUCUGAUCCCAGCUCAAACGUGGACUUAUUUGCAAUAUGAGUCAAGAACGGUAUAUAGUUUUUACACGUAAGCAACAACUUUGACAUUUUUGAAGCAACAUGUUUAUUAUAAAAUCCCACAUUAAUGUGUCUCGAGUUGAA